AUGACACGACACGACAUUAGUCUGUGGUGUCGAGCAAUGGCUGACAGAAAGAAAAAGUACGGCUCGUAAGCGCAUCGCGAGAAUAUUUUUAUGCGUUUCUUUUAUAAAACUAAUUUAUCAUAACGCGUAUUAUUUUUCGAAGUGUAUUUUCAGUGUUUAUACUUGUGAAAAAUCUGACUGUGGUAAAGGAAAGUGAUAAAGUAUAAGAACGAUAAUUUGUGUGAUACCUUGUGAAAUUUUUGUUAUUGGUCAUGUGAGCACCGGGCUACAAUGCGGCGGACUGCCAUAACUGGCCGCGCGCCCAAUGGUCUUCCUAACACUAAACAUUGCUAACGAUUGCGACCGCUAUGCGACUGUUCGAGCCACGACCGUACCACGGACACAAUGACUGAUGCCAAACUAAUUGCUCCACCACUUUACUCAUCUACAUAGAUAGUGUUUUCAAUUCUAAACAAAAACGUUCAUUUACACGUGCGUUGUCGCGACACACAUGUAAAGUGAAGUGCUUGUGCUAGUGUUAGUGCGUUCAAAAAAUCCGGUUCGAUCCGCACCAAACCGGUUAGAUCCGGUGCGCGCAAGUGCGGGCUGGUUCUUUUUGCCCGAUGUUUGUGACGUCAUGGCGUUCAUGACGAAGAAAAAGCGAUACAAGUUCGGGGUGCAGUGUUGCCUCGAGGAGCUCACGGAGGUGCCCUUCGUAUCCGCGGUUCUGUUCGCGAAGGUUCGGUUGUUGGACGGCGGGAACUUCCAGGAUCAUUCAAGCAGGGAGGAGGUCCGCAACCACGCGGUGCGGUGGAACGCGCAGUUCUCGUUCGUGUGCAAGAUGUGCGCGAACGCAAACACCGGCGUCCUGGAGCCGGCGCUGCUGCGUGUCUCCGUGCGCAAGGAGUGCAAGGGUGGUCGCUCGUACCAGAAGCUGGGCUUCUGCGACGUGAAUCUGGCAGAGCUGGCGGGCGCGGGUGAGGCGACGCGGCACUGCCUCCUCGAGGGAUACGAUCCGCGGCGCCGCCAGGACAACUCCGUGCUCCGGCUACGUAUUAAGAUGAACAUGAUCUCCGGGGACCCGCUAUUCAAAGUGCCGGAGCGCAAGCAAGAGGUGACGGAAGGCGGCGGCGAUAGCGGCGCGGAGAGCGCGGCGCCACCCGAUGACGACUGCGCCUCCUCCACCGCCAGCUCGGGCUUCGGCUCGCUCACCAACAACAAGGCGCACGUUUCAGAAAGCGUACCUCCGCCAACGAUUACUUCGAUAGCGCCCUGCGAGCCGCCGUCGCCGGAUCAAGACGAGCCUCCUGUCCCUGAUAGCACAGUGAUUGCAGCAGGUGUGACGUCGUGCGCGUCGUGUCAACAGCACACGCACUCGCGUAACUCCUCAAACACUUCGGGGGACAUGAGUAGCAAGGCGUCAGGUUACGGCAGCUCAGUUUCGGCCGCGUCGGCGCACUCGCGACAGAGCUCCGAGGGCGAGUCCGCCGCGGACGCGCGCCCCCACCACAACAGCGUGCGCUGCGAGCGUUCAACCACCACCACCACCACCACACUGUACGUCCCCACCCAAAGCUGCAAGCACACGGGCCGAGCGCUCAGCAAGUUGCUGAUGGAGAAGACGGUGGUGAGCGAGACUUCGGACGUGUUCCUCACCCCCAACACCACCCUUACGGGCCCCCCCGAUGUCAUCCCACGGAAUGAGAUCCAGUCCCCGGCCAGCGAGGAGUACCGCACCCCGGAAACGACAAUCCUCGAAAACACGUUCACCAUGCCGACCUACUUCGACCAGAAGAAGAGAGCCGCUGCCAUCGUUAGUGCAGCUGUCCAGCCUCUCACGAAUUUCCAAGUCUUUAAACAGAAAUCCCUGAACACAAUCCCCGCGUUGCUCGAGAAGAACAAGAAGAACGAGGAGUUAUUCACCAACUUCCCGUUCCUGACGCCCCUCGCACAUAGGAAGAAUUCGCUGAUUUCUAACGCGAAUAGGCUAUCAGGGUGUAUAGAAGACGAGUUCUACUGCAUUCCGUCGGACCCGGAAGCGGACACGGAAGUAGUCGAGAGGAUAGACGUACGCCAUCGUUUCCGCAGCAUCUCCAAUCAGGCGCUAACCGACGAAGUGCACACUUCCACGCCAAAGAACGAGAGUAACACAGAGUGUAUGCAAAGAGGUAACUUCAAGUCGGAGCGGGGCCGUAAGGUGGAACUGUUGCGGCACAGCUACACGGACUAUACGAGGAACCCAUCGUCGGGAUCGCUGACAGCGUCCGCGUCGGAGAGCGGGUCGCUGGAGCGCGGGCGCGCCGCCCUCGAGCGCCGCAAGCGCGCGCCCCCCCAGCCCGCCGUGCAGCAGCAGCAGCAGCAGCAGCCGCCCGACGACACGCAGGUAUAAGCUUCGCGCUGCAUCCUGUAGUGCCGGGGUAAGAAUACCCACUAGACAGAGGAAAACUGAAACAGGAGAUGAACACAAGCGUCUUUCUAAUAACAAUUAUUAAAUUUAAAAAAAAAAAACUACAAUUCAUCAGUGGACUUAGUAGGUAACUCC